ACAAUUCCGACCUCGCGUUGCCGUGACAACCAACCAUCUUAUUGGCACACUCGCCCUGGGCCGGGGCCCUCGGUCCCCCGCGCGGGCGCGGGUGGAUCUCCCGGACUCCGACGCCUUCUUGGGCCACUGUCGGGCCUCAGUCUAGACGCCCGACUCCUCUUUUCCUCGCACGCCGCCGGAGCCGCGCCAGACCGGACUACAUCUCCCAGCAGUCUCGGCGGCUGGGCGAGCCGUCCGGCGCCUCACGGGGGUUGGUCCUGACUCCAUUUCCCAGGCAGCCUUGCGGCGUCCGGGCUCUGAAGAUUACACUUCUCAGAAUCCUUUCGCUGGAGGGCUGCGGAGCCUCUCCGGCGUUUUGCGGCCGCCGCGCGACUUCGACUCUCACAGGCCUUUGCGGCUGAGUCGGGCGACUACGUUUCCCAGAGGCCUCUGCGGCGCAGUCACCGGAAGCGGCGGGCGAGUCGAGUGUCCUUGCGCGCGGAGCCGAGCGACCAUGGUGCCCCGAGUGUGGUCGCUGAUGAGGUUCCUCAUCAAGGGCAGCGUGGCCGGGGGUGCGGUCUACCUGGUGUACGACCAGGAGCUGCUGGGCCCAAGCGACAAGAGCCAGGCUGUGCUCCAGAGGGCCGAGGAGGUGGUGCCCCCAGCCAUGUACCAGCUCAGCCAGUACGUGUGCGAGCAGACCGGCCUGAAGAUGCCCCAGCUCCCAGCCCCUCCAAAAUUUAACUUUCACUUCCGUGACACCUGGAACUCAGGGAUCCUCACGGUGAUGUCAGCUCUGUCGGUGGCCCCCUCCAAGGCCCGCGAGUACUCCAGGGACGGCUGGGAAUACCUGAAGGAGCGGAUCAAGUAGCCUGCCAGAGGCCACCUGCCCCAGUCAGGAACGGGGGCAGGGGCACCAGCGACCUGGAGACUCCAGACUGGGACUGGGACCCCACUCGAGGGCAGCUCCCGGCCUUGCCGGCCCAAUAAAGGACUUUGGAAAUGCUC